GCGACCCCUGACCUCUCCCGCCGCGACCCCCGGCGGCGGCGACCCCGCAGGCCCCACCCCUGUGGUCAGAUCCUGUUCCAGUGUCCAUCAUGGACUCCGCCCUGUGGCUGCUGCUGGGGGGCGUGGCCUGCACACUGACUUUGGAGCAAGCCAUCAAUAUCGAGACCACGGCCCCGCCCAUCAGGAACCUGCGAAUCAACCCUGCCCAGCAAAUGCUGACCUGGGAGCUGGAGGGCGGGGCCUCCUCCUCAGGGAUGACAUUCAUAUGCCAUAAGGAUGGGCGGAACGCCAGGAUAGACCUGGAUGGCCAGCUCCAGUGCUCCUUCCAGUCAGUCUCACUCUGUCACGUGACCAACUACUCAGUCUUCCCAGAGAAGCACGAAGACAUGGUUGCCUCUAUCCUGUUCCCGACCUCGGACCCCAACCGCGGGGCGGCCGCCCGGGACCUGCACUGCUGGGUGCAUGACGUGCAGCGGAUGACGUGUCGCUGGGGGCGGGGCCCCGCGGCGCCCGAGGACGUGCGCUACCGGAUGUUCUGGCGGGAUGCCGAGGAGGGCCCUGAGCAGGACCGCGAGUGCCCGCACUAUGACCUCCGCGAGCGCGGGGCUAACCUGGGCUGCGUCCUGGACGACGUCCCGCUGCUGGAGAACCUGAUGAUGGUGACCGUGAAGGGCAGCAGCGGCGCGGGCGCCGUGUCCUGCAGCGACACCGCCGUGAAUCUGGGGUUUGUGGAGAUCCUGACCCCGCCCACGCUCACGGCCGAGUGCAACAGCUCCGAGGCGCAUGUGCAGUGGGCCAUGCAGAGCAAGUUCAACACAGGUUUCGAAUACAAGCUGCAGUACAACCAAAGCUCACACCCGGAGCCACAAGAGCAGCCGCUCAACGUCCCACACUUCCGGCUCCUGAACCCGGGCACGGUCAGCUUCCGGGUCAGUGCGACAUUGGUGACAGGCGGGAAGCCCAGCCCCUGGAGCAACACGCAGCACCUGGGUGAGGCCACGCCCCAGGUGGCCAUGCCCCUGGGAGUCCCCGCCCAUGAUCCGUCACCCUCACUUCCUGUUCCACCAAUGAUAUCAUUCCUUUGCCACACCCCCUCCAUUUGCCAUGCCACCACGCAGCCCCGCCUUCAUGAAUCCCCGCCCCCCAGUUCCUGUUCCUCUGAUGACAUCACUUUUGGGUUCCAGCCAAGCCCAGCCCACCUGCUGUCACUCCCAUGUCCCUAAGUUCCGCCUCUUUCCGUAGCCCCGCUCCAACAAAGCCCCACCCCCAACAUCUACUCUCACUGUUUCUCACAAUGACAUCAUUUCCUGGCUCCCGGGACCAUGAAACGCCCACCUGAUGCCAUUUCCUGGUCCCCUGACCACGCCCCCUCCCCUUUGCUCCG